AUGGCUAUUCACUUCCUCGUAUUUUUUUACCCUUACCACUUAAAAUCUCGUGCUCAUUUCACUUUCUGUUUUUGUUGCAUUUUCUUUUCUUACUUUUUCCUUCUGCCUUCUUUCUUUCUUUUUUCCUUCUACCUUCUUUCUUUCUUUCUUUUUUCUUUCUCCCUUCUUUCUUUCUUUCUUCCUUUCUUUUUUCCUUCUACAUUCUUUCUUUCUUUUUUCUUUCUACCUUCUUUCUUUCUUUUUUCUUUCUCCCUUCUUUCUUUCUUUCUUUUUUCCUUCUACAUUCUUUUUCUUUUUUCUUUCUACCUUCUUUCUUUCUUUUUUCUUUCUCCCUUCUUUCUUUCUUUCUUUCUUUUUUCCUUCUACAUUCUUUCUUUCUUUUUUUCCUUCUACUUUCUUUCUUUAUUUCUUUCUACCUUCUUUCUUUCUUUUUUCCUUCUACCUUCUUUCUUUCUAUUUUUCCUUCUACUUUCUUUCUUUCUUUUUUCCUUCUACCUUUCUUUCUUUUUUCCUUCCACGUUCUUUUUUUCCUUCUACCUUCUUUUUUUCCAUCUACCUUCUUUCUUUCUUUGUUCCAUCUGCCUUCUUUCUUUCUUUUUUCCUUCUACCUUCUGUCUUUUUUCCUCUACCUUCAUUCUUUCUUUUUUCCUUCUCCUUUCUUUCUUUCUUUCUUCUACCUUUCCUUCAUUUUCCUUCUAG